UGGGGCCCCCGGGCAAUAGGAGAUCAUGGGGCCCCUGUUUCCUUGCCCAAACUCAAAAAAGCCUAUGAAAAAGUAGUAGCAGCACUAAAUGACAGAUCCCCUCCAGCUUCUUUUAAGCCACACAAGUGGGCCAGGAAUCAUGAGUCACAUAUGGUCAUAACCAGGGGCGGACUGACAACUCAUGGGGCCCCCGGGCAAUAGAGGAUCAUGGGGCCCUGUGUCCUCGCCCAAACUCAAAAAAACCUAUGAAAAAGGUACCAGGGGCAACUCAUGGGGCCCCCUACUGACCCCGGGCCCUCGGGCAGUGUCCGAGUUUCCAAAGGGUCAGUCCGCCCCUGGUCAUAACCACCAAAUAUGGCCAGUUUGUUU